AUGAGAACGUUGUUAAUCUUCUCCGCGGCGCUAGUGGCCACCGCUUCAGCCGCUAAAGGUUGGGACGGAAUCCAGGCCGUGUCGGUCGCUGGGUUCGAGUGCUUGAAGAAAAAUGGGAUCACCUUCUUCACCGCCAGGGUUUGGGAAGAGGUGAACCGAGCCGACGAGACGGGCAUCCAGAACAUUAAGCACGCACGAGCAGCCGGUUGGACCGAUGUUGACGGCUACAUCUACCCGUGCACGCGCUCAAACUGCCCUUCCGGUGCCGCUCAGGUCUCCGCCGCCCUGAACAAGCUCAAGGCCGAGGGAGCCAAGAUCAACACCCUUUGGAUGGACAUUGAGGGCAACGCGUGGCCCAGCGACCACAACCACAACCGCGAAUUCAUCCAGGGCAUGGUCAACGAGGCCAAGAAAAUGGGCGUCAAGACGGGAAUCUACAGCGGCCAGUACUCGUGGCCGCAGAUCGUCGGCGACUGGACGGGGAUGAAGGGCGAGCCGCUGUGGUGGCCCAACUACAACGGCCAGGAGAGCCUCAACAACUUCCCGCAUUACGGCGGCUGGACGGCUGCGCACAUCCACCAGUACAAGGGCACCACCGCGGGCCCAUGCGGCGUCAGCAUGGACCUCAACUACAAGGCC